UGCCUCAGACCGGUUAUAGCAGUAUGGGGAGAACCGGUUUGAUAAGGAUACAUAAGUUUUUCGUUUUUCUUCUACCAACCUAAAAUUAAGCAUGCCAUGAUAGCUAGCUAGUAAUGAUCGACGGUGCCAAACCCCGAACGAUAUGAAGAUUUACUUCUGAUUCGGUAAGCACUUUACAAAGCAAUAAAUACAAAAUUAAUUUUAUUUGCUUCUCAAUUACUCUAUUAGUCUUCGGUUUCCUUCCCUAAUAUUUAUUUGUGUCCAUUUAUGCUUUAAUUUUUUACCUUUCUAGUAGUUUUAAUUUUAGGGUCAACUUUGUAUAAAUGGACAAAAACUAUUGUCUUCCUCUAAUACAUAAGUAUAUGCCCCAAAUGUGUCACUGCCCAAGAAACUAGAAAAAAAAAUAUAUGAAAAAAUCAAAUUUUGCUAAUAUGAAAUUCUCUCUGGCUCCAACUCUUCUUCUUCUUCUUGUUCUUCUCCUCUUUUAUCAACAUCACUCUUCUCCAAACCUAAACUCAGACGCUCUCUCUUCUUUCGUAGACGCUAAAUCUCUUGCCCCAUCUCCUUCACCGUCCAUGUCCAUGGAGUUUAGUAUCGCCUCAUCAAACCUUUCACUAAUUUCGAGUCCUCAUGAAAAUAAAGAAAAGAAGAGAAACAGAAUCGAGGAAGGUUUAGCAAAAUCGAGAGCUGCCAUACGUGAAGCCGUGAGGCUGAAGAAGUUUGCAUCGGACAAGGAGGAAACUUCUGUUCCUCGUGGAGCUGUUUACAGAAACGCUUUUGCAUUUCAUCAAAGCCAUAUGGAGAUGGAGAAGAAAUUCAAAGUGUGGGUGUACAGAGAAGGAGACACACCGUUAGUUCACAUGGGUCCAGUGAACAACAUAUACAGCAUUGAAGGCCAAUUCAUGGACGAGAUCGAGACAGGGAUGAGCCCAUUCGCUGCUAGCGGCCCCGAGGAGGCUCAUGCCUUUCUCCUCCCUGUCAGCAUCGCCAACGUCGUUCAUUACUUAUACAGGCCGCUCGUGACCUACUCGAGGGAACAACUUCACAAAGUUUUUCUUGACUACGUCAAUGUUGUGGCUCACAAAUAUCCUUAUUGGAACCGAAGCCUUGGAGCCGACCAUUUCUUUGUUUCUUGCCAUGAUUGGGUUUGUGUUCUUUCUGGAACCAGACUUAUUUUUGUGAUGUUGAUACUGAAAUGUAACAUUUUAAGACUCUUGCAGGCACCAGACGUCUCAGGAUCUAACCCGGAGAUGAUGAAAAACCUGAUAAGAGUUCUCUGCAACGCCAACACAUCGGAAGGUUUCAUGCCCCAACGAGAUGUCUCAAUCCCGGAGAUCAACAUCCCCAGAGGCCAACUGGGACCACCUCAAUUAUCCCGCUCUUCUGGCCAUGACCGACCCAUCCUUGCUUUCUUCUCAGGGGGCUCACACGGUUAUAUCCGCAAAAUUCUACUGCAGCACUGGAAAGACAAAGAUGAGGAGGUCCAAGUCCACGAGUACUUAACCAACAACAAAGACUACUUCAAGCUCAUGGCUACGGCAAGGUUCUGUCUCUGUCCCAGUGGCUAUGAAGUGGCUAGCCCUCGAGUCGUUGCAGCCAUUAACCUAGGUUGCGUCCCUGUCAUCAUCUCUGAUCACUACGCCUUGCCCUUCUCAGACGUUCUUGAUUGGACUAAGUUCACCAUUCAUGUUCCCUCUGAAAAGAUCCCUGAGAUCAAAACUAUACUAAAGAGCAUAUCCUGGAGACGCUACAAGGUGUUGCAGAGAAGGGUUUUGCAGGUCCAGAGACAUUUUGUGAUCAACAGACCGUCGCAACCGUUUGAUAUGCUUCGAAUGCUUCUUCACUCUGUUUGGUUGAGAAGACUAAACCUGAGGUUGCCUUUGUGAUCCUAUAUACUCUGUUUUUUGGGGA